ACCACCAUUUGGAAGAAUCCUCCCCAAGAUUGCUCGAUCCCCUCGUGUCCCUCUCUCCCAACAACACUGCGCCACAGACACAAAUCACACUCAGAUACGAAAGAUAAGUACAGAGAGAGAGAGAGGGCACGGAUUAUACACUGCACACAAGCAUAUAUAUAUAUAUAUCGAUUAGCCAUCCGUGCUGAUCUGAAGAGUAUCAUCGGUAGAGAGUUUUACAGAGUUGUUUGGACAAGGAGACACACACAUGGCUUUCUUGCUCUUCUUUGUCUUUGUGACAGCUGCAGUGCUGUGCUUCGUCGUCCCGGCGUUCUUGCUGCUCUGCACGAGCGUGCAGAGGAGGAGAGAUGUUGGACAGGGUGGAGGGCGAGAUUGGCAGAAGAAGAAGAAGCUCAGGCUUCCUCCGGGAUCCAUGGGCUGGCCGUACGUCGGCGAGACGCUCCAGCUCUACUCCCAGGACCCCAACGUCUUCUUCGCCUCCAAGCAGAAGAGGUACGGCGAGAUAUUCAAGACGAAUCUGCUGGGGUGCCCGUGCGUGAUGCUGGCGAGCCCGGAGGCGGCGAGGUUCGUGCUGGUGUCGCAGGCGAGGCUGUUCAAGCCGACGUACCCGCCGAGCAAGGAGCGGAUGAUCGGGCCGUCGGCGCUCUUCUUCCACCAGGGCGAGUACCACCUCCGCCUCCGCCGCCUCGUCCAGGCCGCCCUCGCCCCGGACUCCCUCCGCGCCCUCGUCCCGGACGUCGACGCCGCCGUCGCCGCCACGCUCGCCGCCUGGUCCGGCGGCCACGUCGCCAGCACCUUCCACGCCAUGAAGAAGCUCUCGUUCGACGUCGGCGUCGUGACCAUCUUCGGCGGCCGGCUCGGCCGCCGGCACAGGGAGGAGCUGAGGACGAACUACUCCGUCGUGGAGAGAGGCUACAACUGCUUCCCCAACCGCUUCCCGGGGACGCUCUACCACAAGGCGAUCCAGGCGAGGAAGCGGCUGCGCGCGAUCCUGAGCGAGAUCGUGGCGGAGCGGCGGGCGCGCGGCGGCGGCGGCGGCGGCGGCGGCGACGACCUCCUCGGCGGCCUCAUGCGGUCGCGCGACGACGGCACCGCCGGCGCGGUGGCGCUGCUCACCGACGACCAGAUCGCCGACAACGUCGUCGGCGUGCUGUUCGCGGCGCAGGACACCACCGCCAGCGUCCUCACCUGGAUCCUCAAGUACCUCCACGACUCGCCGAAGCUUCUCGAAGCCGUCAAGGCGGAGCAGAUGGCGAUCUACGUGGCCAACGAGGGCGGGAAGCGGCCGCUGACGUGGACGCAGACGAGGAGCAUGACACUCACGCAUCAGGUUAUACUGGAGAGCUUGAGGAUGGCGAGCAUAAUCUCCUUCACGUUCAGAGAGGCAGUCGCCGACGUGGAGUACAAAGGUUUCCUGAUUCCAAAGGGGUGGAAGGUGAUGCCUCUGUUCAGGAACAUCCAUCACAACCCGGACUACUUCCAGGAUCCACAAAAGUUUGAUCCUUCUAGAUUCAAGGUGGCGCCGCGUCCAAGCACGUUCCUGCCGUUCGGGAGCGGCGUGCACGCGUGCCCGGGCAACGAGCUGGCCAAGCUGGAGAUGCUCGUCCUCGUCCACCGCCUCGUCACCGCCUACAGGUGGGAGAUCGUCGGGGCGAGCGACGAGGUGGAGUACAGCCCGUUCCCGGUGCCGAGGGGCGGGCUCAACGCCAAGCUGUGGAAGCAGGAGGCGGAGGAGGACAUGUACAUGGCCAUGGGCACCAUCACAGCAGCAGGUGCUUGACACGUACUACUGCUGAUGGUGGCUGAUGUGUCCUUGGUUUCUUUUCGUCGCCGUGUGUGUGGAUGCAAUGGUCGAUCGAUCGAUCUCUCCUGUAAUCCUCGGAUAAAGCAAAGGCCAUGGGAGGGAUGAGAUGAUCGUGUAGCAAAAUCUCUCUUCACUUUUUCGUGUGUGUGUGUUGGGUUGGAUAAUGGUGGUCCAUGGAUAUCGUUCGAUGAUCGAUGAUGAUGAUGCUAAACCUAGUCUUGGUGUGCCUAGUGUAGCACUAGGAGUAGUAGUUUAUCAAUUGCUUAGCUGUUAGCUAGCAUCGCUUUGCAUUGGGUUAAUACAGCUAGCUGUCAAGCUUAUAAGUAAUUAAGCUCUCUAAUCAGGGUUUUAAAUCUCCUGUUUGAGAAGUUUGAGAAGGAUUCUCUCAUGUACAAUUUAGCCGCUAUAACUUCAUUUAGCCUGGCUAUAACUGUUUGAGAAGCUAACCGCUAAAUGUCUUAGCCUGCUACUUAAAAACAUUGCUCUUUAUUGCAA